AUGCCUUCCAUUUCUAAUCCUAAUGCAACUCCACAAACACCAAUCACCAAUCAAUCAAUCCCUUCGUUUUCUAAUGCAACUCCACAAACACAAUGCUCUAACCAACCUAAGGAUAAUGUUGACUUGAAGGAUCUUCCAAAGGACCCGGCGGAUAGGCCAUUGAUUACAAGUUACAAACCAAAUAUAAGAGAUGAUGUAAGAAGAGCAUAUUUGCUUCAAGGACCGUGUCAAGAUAGUGCAUAUUGUUUAUAUUGUUAUUUGUGUGGGGACCUCAUGAGACAAAAAGGAGGGAGAGAUGCAUUUGUUUCUCAAGGUUUUGAUACUUGGAAUAAAAAAGAUGCAUUUCGGACUCAUGUGGGUGGUAUUGAUAGUUUUCACAACAAAGCAAAAGAAAAGUGUGAGUUUUUAAUGAGGGAAAAACAAGAUAUCAAUACUUUUAUUGAAAACCGGUUACAGUUUCGUGGUCAUGACGAGUCGGUUAACUCGGAAAAUAGAGAGCUAUACAUUGAAGUGUUAAAAGCCAUUCGAGAGACUAGUGAAGAUAUUUUCAAAAAUACUUUAGAAAAUGCUCCAAAAAACAAUCAACUAAUUUCCCCUAAAAUUCAAAAGAAACUUGUGCAAUGUUUUGCACAAGAAGUACUUUUGAGUAUUCGUGAAGAGAUUGGUCAAGAUGUUUUUGCUUUACUAGUUGAUGAAUCUAGUGAUGUUUCAAAAAAGGAACAAAUGGCUAUUGUUUUGCGUUAUGUCGAUACUCUUGGCUUUGUGAAAGAAAGAUUCAUAGGUCUAGUGCACGUGAAGGAUACAUCUUCUUUGACACUCAAAAACGCCAUAAAUGAAGUACUUACAAGUAAUAAGUUGAGUUUUAGUCAGAUAAGAGGACAAGGUUAUGAUGGGGCUAGCAAUAUGCGAGGGGAAUUCAAUGGUUUGAAAGCUUUGAUAUUACAAGAGAAUGACACGGCUUUUUAUGUAUAUUGCUUUGCACACCAACUUCAAUUAGUAGUUGUGGCUGUAGCAAAGAAGCAUGAUGGUUUUGUGCAUCGUGUAAAAGAAAAGACUUACUACGAGAGCAAGCAAGAGAAAGGGUGCAAAAAGGCUUGUGUAGUGGUGAACUUGAAACCGGAAGAGGUUUUAAAUUUUGUGAAAGAUGAGGGAGGGUCAUUGGCAAACUGUCAACAAGCAUCUGGAAUCUUAACAUAUUUUAAAUCAUAUGAGUUCGUGUUUUACUUACAUAUGAUGUAUGACAUUUUACACCUCACGGGUACAUUGUCAAAGCAACUUCAAAGAAAAGAUCUAGACAUUUUAGAAGCGGCUUUGAUGGUUAGAGGGACAAUGGAGGCAUUGCAAUCUUUUAGAAACAUAGGGUUUGCUAGCAUUUUGCCAAAAGUAUCCUCUUUUUGUGAAACACACGAAAUUGAUACUUUGGAUAUGGAAGAGUUGUAUAUUGGUGCGAGAAACUGUAGGACUACAAAGACUAAUAGGUUUCAUUUUGAGGUUGAAAUCUUCUACAUGGUGGUAGAUAUGCAACUUACAGAAUAUCGCGAUUGA